GUGUCUGCUAAGAAACUUUAAGUUCUGGUUUCUUAUGGGGUUCCUUCUUGAUGUAAAAAUGUGUUUUGGAAUCUACAGGGAUGCCCGUACAGUUGGCCGCGAUGGAACUUUGAGGUAUGAACCCCAAAAACUAACCCUAGAACAAAUGCAAACUUUUGCCGAACUUUCGAGUAUUGAAGAUCUUAAACAAACUGUUCAGGAAAUUGCGAUUGAGAGAGUUCCCGGAUCCCCUGGACAUUUUUAUGUGCGGGAGUAUAUAAGCAAUAGGCUGUCGUUGCUGGGCUGGAAGGUGGAGUUUGAUAUUUUCACGGAAAAGGUACCGAUCCUUGGAUCCGUCACAUUCCACAAUAUAAUCGCCCGACAUAAUCCCGAUGCGAAGAGGACUUUAAUGCUGGGCUGUCACUAUGAAAGCAAGUACUUCAAGGAGUUUAAUUUUAAGGGCGCCACGGACUCGGCUGUGUCCUGUGCCCUUCUGCUCAACAUGGCGAAAAUGUUGCACAAUGAAAUCCAGCGCAAUGAGAUCAGUCUGAUGUUUGUUUUCUUUGAUGGGGAAGAGGCUUUCCAUAAAUGGUCUAAAAAGGAUUCGCUAUAUGGCUCCCGUCACUUAGCAAACGUGUGGGAAAAGCAGGGCUUCCUGGAUCACAUCGAUCUCUUUCUACUCCUCGACUUGAUCGGAGCCAAGGACCUGUCUUUCAAUAGCAAUAUUCCAAAGACUGAGAACUGGUUCCAGCGGCUAGUCCAGCUGGAGGAUCAAAUGAUCCAAACGGGAAUCCUGAAAACAAAUCGUUCUAUUUUCAAAUUUAUGACAGGAUCGGAUGUCCAGGACGAUCAUAUUCCAUUUACCCAACGCCAAGUCCCGGUGAUCCAUUUAAUAGCCACUGACUAUCCAGCGUUUUGGCAUUUGCCCGAGGACGUGGAGCUGAAUGUCGACUACAAUACCACGGAGCAGGUGGGACAGGUCCUGAAAAUGUUCAUCAUGGAAUAUCUCCUGUCGGCUCCAAGGUCUAAGUCACCUUAUGUGUCACUUAGAAGCAGUGGAUCCGAUCCUCUCAAAAUUUACAUUUCAUUGCUUUUAGCCAUAUUUGGUUUGAUUUUGGUGUUAUUGUAUCGAAAGUCAAAAAUGUUAAGAAAAUAAUAUUUUAUAAAUAAUUAUAUCUAAUUUUUAAAUUUAAAAUAGAGCAAGGUUAAACA